AUGCCGGCACAUCUGGCCCCUGAUGCGUCUGAAAAUUUUGUCGGCAACUUCACAUUUCACCAAUUCAAUAUGAUACUCUCCGGCGCUUGCACGGGUAUCACUUGUUUGGUGAUAUUCAUAGUUAUGGGUCGGCAUGCAACGCACCUAAGUGAUCCAAACCAACAGGUCAAAAUUAUGAGAAUCGCCACGUUGUUUCCAUUAUAUACGAUCUAUUCAUUGCUUUCAAUAUGCUUUCCCAACGCAUAUGUAUACCUGGUUGGAUGGACAAAGCUUUUCCAGGGGAUUGCUUUGUAUUGGUUUCUCAUGUUACUCUGUGAUUUUGUGACACCGAACGACCAACACAGAGCCGAGUUCUUUGCAUCUUUGAGAGUUCCAAAGAGAUACAGCACAACCAAAACAACAGAUGGCUUGUCGUGGUUGAAGUCUACCUGGUAUUUUGUUCUGCAGUAUCCCAUUGUAUCAUUUAUUCUUGCUAUAGCUCAGAGCAUCACACAAGCACUGGGGAUUUACUGCCUCGAAGGUAAAAAGGCCUAUUUCGCUCACUUAUGGAUCACUAUCAUUGGAAUCAUAUCCCUUGGCAUGGCAAUGGUCAAUAUCCUCAGGUUCCACGGCAACCUAAAAUCUCACAUGAAAGAACAUAAGCCAAUGAUGAAGCUCCUGGCAUUCAAGCUAGUUGUCGGUCUUGAGUUUUUAGAGCAGUGUGCCGAGCCACUGACAAAUAAGCAGAUCGUGUUUAUGGUUCUUGACGCCACCGGCGCCCUCAAGCCCUCCGAUACUCUGAGCUAUGCAGACAUCAUCAUUGGAUUGCCUACCUUGAUUAUCUGUCUACAGGUGGUACCCUUUGCAUUUUUAUUCUACCACGCCUAUUCCAUCAAGCCGUACACGAAAAUGAACGUUAAACGUUCUGGCGAUUCUCAACAGUACCUCGCUGUAGUAGACAGUGAGACCGGCGGCCCCCGUGUAAAGCGGUAUCAGGGUGGUCCCUUGGGAGUUAACGCUUGGAUCGCAUUGUUCAACCCAGGCGAGCUCUUCCGAGACAUCAGAUCCACAUACAAAAUGUUUCAUGCUUCCAAGACGGAGCCCACAAUGAGCCUCGAUUCUUGA